GUUCCGUCUCCUCUCUGACAGUGGAUUAGUAGGAGCAGAGUGUCAUGCUGUUUCUCCCAUUUUCCUCAGUUCACGGGAGGUGAAAGAACUCUGGCUGGAGGCCCUCCGAGGACAGAGCCAAGGCCACACGGGAGCAAAAUUCAUCACUGGACAGUCAGCCCAAACUCUAAUGAAGUUGACCAGCAGCUGCCAUGCUUCAAAAACACUAAAUGCCAGUAAUAUGGAGACAUUAAUUGAAUGCCAAUCAGAGGGUGAUAUCAAGGCACAUCCUCUGUUGGCAUCAUGUGAGAGUGAAGAUAGCAUUUGCCAGCUAAUCGAAAUUAAGAAGAGAAAGAAGGUGCUGUCCUGGCUCUUUCUCCUGAGAAGGCUUUCUCCCUCCUCAGACUUUUCUGGAGCUUCAGAGACGGAGUUGAAGACGUCACUGUUUGCUCAGCCCUUGUCGGCUCUCUGCAGCGACGAGGACACGCUCCCCAGACCCAUUCAGGAUAUUCUCACUAUUCUGUGCCUUAAAGGCCCUUCCACUGAAGGGAUAUUCAGGAAAGCGGCCAACGAGAAGGCCCGAAAAGAGCUCAAGGAGGAGCUCAACUCCGGAGGCCUCGUGGAUCUGAAAAGUCUCCCUGUGCACCUGCUGGCCGUGGUCUUUAAGGACUUCCUCCGAAGUAUCCCCCUGAAGCUCCUUUCGUGCAGCCUGUUUGAGGAGUGGAUGGGCGCCCUGGAGAAGCAGAGCGAGGACGACAGGAUCGAGGCCCUGAAGCAGGUGGCAGAUAAGCUCCCCCGGCCCAACCUCCUGCUGCUCAAGCACCUGGUCUCCGUGCUCUACCUGAUCAGCAAGAACUCCGAGGUCAGCAGGAUGGAUGCCAGCAAUCUCGCCAUCUGCAUCGGGCCCAACGUGCUGAGCCCAGAGAACGAGCACGACCUGUCGUUCGAAGCCCGGAGGGACUUGAACCAUAAGGUUAAGACGCUGGUGGAAUUCCUCAUCGAUAACUGCUUCGAAAUAUUUGGGGAGAACAUUCCGGCACAUUCCAGCGUUGCCUCUGAUGACUCCCUGGAACACACGGACAGCUCAGAUGUGUCGACCCUGCAGAACGACUCGGCCUACGACAGCAACGAUCCCGACCCCGACGUGGAUGCCAGCAGCGCCAUGGGCUCCCCGGGCAGGCAGCCCCCAGUGCCCUCGGACCCGGCCGCCGGCUCGGAGCCCCGAGGCCCACGGCACACCUGGGAGCCGAUCGUCAGCUCCGUGGCCAGACUGAGAGGCUCGCUCGGUCAGGCCGACAGGAGGUACUCGGACCCCAGCGUGGCAUCCUCGCGGGGGUGCCUGGACGGCUGGAGAGCAGAGCCGACGCUCGCGCGGAGUGAGGAUGACGUCACCGGGUCCCGGGCCGCCUCCCUUCAUGCCGCUGAGGACGCCGAGGACCCGUUUUCAGAGGAGGUGUUUCCUGCAGCUGAAGGCAGAGGCCUGAGGCCACCGGACCUGGGGCUGCAGAACCUGGCUCAGGGUUUGGUGGCCCCCAGGGGGCCAGCCCGCCAGGCCGCCUCCACUGGCUCCCUGGAGGCCUACUCCGACAGCUCGCCCCUGGCCUCCCCAUCCGGGCCCAAAAGGAACUUCUUCGCCAGACAUCAGUCUUUCACAAGGGCCGAGAAAAGUAAGCCCAACCGAGAAAUUAAAAAGCACUCCAUGUCGUUCUCCUUCGCGGCGCACAAGAAAGCGCUGUCCAAAACCCCCAGCUCUGUGGCCGCCAAGUGCAAGGGCCUCCCCAGAGACCACGCCAAGAACGGCUUUCAAAAAGAAAGCCAGCUCGCCGGCCGGAUCGUCCAGGAAGACUUGACCGACAUCCACAGCCAGACUGCUCUGGCCUUGAACUCCGGGUCCUCCGCCCUCUCAGGGGAGGCGGUGGGUCAGAGGGGCCCUGGCAGCCCCCCCUCUUACGAGGAGGCCCUGCGGCACCAGGCCUGGGACCUCGCAGCCCCCGGGGGCCAGACAGUGGGCAGCAUGCGGGCCAGGAUGCUGAGCCUGGACGCCGGGCUGCCACCUCCUCCCCGUUCCCAGGCCCAGCCGUGGCCCGGGAGGGAGGCGUGGGAGCAGAGCAGGACUGUCUGUGCUUCCGUGGCGACGGUAGGACAGGUGACUGUCACCGGGAGACCGGAGUUGCAGCGGCUGAGGCUUCUGUCCGAGUCUCGCCAGAACAAGCAGGAGCUCGUGGCACAGCGGUGUAGUCAGCCCGUCUUUGAGGCCGACCAGCUCCGCUUGGCAAAAGAAUCCUACGUCUAGGGGGACAGGCCCGCCGCCAAGACGCGGCGCGGGGCAUCUCUGCAGACGGCCGGCUGUGUCGGCUCUGUCGAGCACCGCUGUCAG